UUUUUGGACGUUCCCGCAGAGCUGAAUCACAGCAACUUGAAAGAUGGCGCCAGCGACACCAGCCUCAGCAGCAAUGCCAGUCUGCCCAGUGUCCAAAGCUGCCAACGACAGCGGGAGAGAAGAGUUGCCAGUUGGGCUGUUUCCUUUGAGCGGCUUCUUCAGGAUCCACUUGGUAUUCGAUAUUUUUCUGAUUUUUUACGGAAGGAAUUUAGUGAAGAAAACAUACUGUUUUGGCAGGCCUGCGAAUAUUUUAACCACAUACCUGCUCACGACAAAAAUGAGCUUUCAUUCCGAGCGCAGGAGAUCUUUAAUAAAUAUUUAUGCAGCAAAGCUACGACUCCGGUCAAUAUCGACAGCCAAGUCCAGCUGUUAGGUGGAAAAGCCAAGUCCGGCCGCUCCUUAAAUGAAGAAUCUGGAGAAGAAGACGGCGAGAAGAAGAAAAAGGGAACGUUCUUCUCCUGGUCGAGAAGCAGGAGUCUGGGGAGAUCGCAGAAGAAGAAGGAGAACGGCAACUGUCUCAAAGAAUCUCCUCAGUCGGGCGAACUCUCCUACAGACAAAAAUCUCAAGAUUCCUUAUCUUCGGCUGCCAGUCUGGAAAUGCCACUCGUACUGCAGCAGGACAGCAGCAUUCUGGAUUCCCAAACCCUUCGCUUAGAAAAAAGGACGUUGUUUCGUGGGGAGGGAGAAUACCUGGCAGUUGGAGCCAACGAUGACGCCACAUUGCAUUUUCGGAAAUUGAGGAUCCAUCAUCAUUCAUAUAUUACAAACGUCAACGAGAACGGCGAGCAAGAACCCUUAGAUCUCGGGGCUCCCAUCUCCAGCCUUGAUGGACAGAGGGUGGUUCUGGAAGAGAAGAUUUCGAAAAAGGGGAAAGACAAGGGGAAAGCCGCGUCCUUAAAACACACUGUGCCUGUAACUACUAAUGCAGGAAAUCAAGCACUCGCAACUUCCGCUGUAGCUGUUUUGCUACCUGUAUUGGAUGUGGUCACAGAAUUUUUCGAACUCAUAUCCAAAGUCCAGAGUAACCGAGCCGACGACCAGCGCGGGUUGCUGAGAAAGGAAGACCUGGUUUUGCCCGAAUUCCUUCAGACGCCCCCGGGCCAGACGGGCCUUUCCACAUCUGUCUCCAGGGAUACUGCAGGCACUCCCCCGCAGAUGCCCCAUCCUGAUGGGCAGGAGGGCAGAAGGUGCCUGAAACCCCCAAGCAACUCGGCGGCUGGGCAGAGAGGUCCGGAGAAUGGCGGGAUGAUGCCCGUGGCUCUCGCCCACGCGACCAGCGAUGGAAAUGCUCCCCGCCCUCCGAAUCUGCUUUUGCAGGGCAACCCCAGGUGGAAAGAAGAGGACGAGACCAUGGAGGAGGAGGAGGAGGAGGAGGAGGAGGACGAUGUGUUCCUGGCGGACCUCACCCUGGUGCCGGAGGGGGACAUCGCCAGCCCCCCAAGCCGCAGGCUGCCCCUCUCUGAGACGGGAAGUCCCACCGAGGUCAAAGCCACCUCUGAGACACUCAGACCAGGUUUGCUCCACAAGCCUAGAACCCACCUCCGAGGAAGCGAGGGGAGCCUUUACGACCCAACUUCCCCAAGCCACCAUCGUGACUUCAACCCUGCCGUGAUCCGAAAGGAGACUUGUAGGCCCGAACUCCCGAUCCGUUGCGUAAUCGACGUGGACAGUGUUACGGCAUCAUUGCCGGCCCCGCGAUGGUCGUGUCCCGAACCAGAGAGCCGUGUCCUUUUUGACGGCAGCGUCUCGGAGCCCAGAGCCGGCCAGCCGAAAAGACAAACGAGAACUCAAAGGACAUCCAACCUUCCCGCUGUCCCUGCGGCCGGGAGCGAGGAGAACGAGGGUCCCUGCAAGGCGACUUUCGUUUGA